AUGGCUCGCAACAGCGAAAAAGCGCAGUCCAUGCUGUUCCGCUUCCGGGCGCAACAAGCAGCGGACAUGGGAAUCAUUGAUCUCGGCCGUACCCGUCGCCCCAAAGCCAUUACAAGCAUCGACUCCGUCCCAACCUGCGAGCGCUGGCGCGGCCAGGUUCUGAAAGAAGUUUCCCGCAAAGUAUCGCGCAUUCAAGAACAAAGUUUGAGCGAUUUCCAGAUCCGCGAUCUGAACGAUGAGAUCAAUAAGCUUAUGCGGGAAAAGUGGGCUUGGGAGAUGCAGAUUCGGAACUUGGGUGGACCGAACUACAUGCGUGGAUCGGGUCGCGUGUAUGACGAUGAAGGAAGAGAGAUUCCUGGUGGUGGGAAGGGAUAUCGAUAUUUUGGUCGAGCUAGGGAGCUGCCUGGUGUCAAAGAGAUGUUUGAGAAUGCUGCACGCCGGUCGAAGGGACCUGCUGAGGAAGAGGGUGCGGGUGCAGGUCGCGGUGGAGAUAUUGCUACCCGCAAGGUUGAUGCCAAUUACUUUGGUUAUGGACUUGAUGAGGAGGAUGGCACAUUGCUUGCUUAUGAGAAACAGAAGGAGAAGGAGUCUAUCGAGCAUCUGCGUGGUCAAGGCGAGGAUGACGCUGAAGAUGGUUGGGAGCCGUUACCUGGCGAUGCUGGCGAUGGGGUUGAGUGGCGACUACCGACACUAGACGAAGUGCAAGAGGAGCUGGUUGAUCGUCGGCGGAGACGGCUCUUGGACAAGAUUUCCUGA